AUGUUUUCAAAGUCUCUAUUCUACACUGCGCUUGGCGCGACCUUGUCCUUCACAGGGGCUCAGGCACAGCUAGGCACUACGGCAGAUGUCCCCCUUGACAUCGACGGAGCCUUCGAGGGCGCAUCUGUCACUGGCACAUCUUUCAACUCUGGUGGCUCCAUCACAUGCAAUGGCCAAACAGUGACCGUCCCCAAGAACCUUCAGGUCACAUUCCCAGCUGCAUUCAUCCCUUUCUCCAAGUUUGUGGCAAAUGCAGGCAGCUAUAAGGGAUACGAGUGCUCCAUCGUCGGCAACAUCGUCGGUGGCAAGAACGCAGUAGCUGCACAAGUAGAAAUUUCCCCCUUUGCCACGACCACAUCCAGUGGCUACAUCACUGAGACGAAGUUCAACGGCGACGUCACCGUGAAUGUCGGAGGCACUUCAGUCACCAUCCGCAUCAAUGACCCCAAUGCCGUCUACUCGGCCGGAAACGCCGGCCUGGGCAUCGAUCCCUUCUUCACCGCGGAUGACGUGAACCCCAGCGUCAGCUCCUUCUCUGGCUUCCCCAUGUGCGUUCCGCGCAGCGCAAGCGACCCCCUGUGUCCCAUGAGCAACCGUCCCGGGCUCAAGCAAGGAUCCAUCCCAGCAGCGGACGCCAACGUCAUGGCUCCCCUGAUUGCCGGCGACUUCAUCACCUUCUCUGGCUACCAGACUGGUGGCAAGAUUGUGGUGUUCGAGUUGGUAGCCUUCAACAUCCAAAUCACCACGACUGGCAUCCCAACAUAUGUUCGCAUGGAAGAUGCAAACAUUGGCGUCUGGACUGCUGAUACUGUCAACCAAGAGAUCGCCCAGACAAAGUUCGUUGGAUACACCUCUGACUCUGCAACAACCGUCAACCCCAUCAAGAUCCAAGCCAUCGACUACGAUCGCUGCACCGGCCAGCCAGUCUACCGCGACAUCGCCACCGUCAAUGUGCCCAACACCGAGCCCCGCAACAAGUUCGAGUACCGUACCACAGCUGGCCAGAAGGUCCUCUACGCCCGCGAGUACUACAUCACCGCCAACAACUUCAACAACCAACCCACCGCAAACGGCAUUCCUGCGGGCUCCUACGUCACUCCCGUCACUGAGUGGAUCCAGCCCGAGGACUCUACCCCCGGCAGGACCCCGACCGGCCACGACUUCAGCAGCUACGGCUGGAUGAUCAACGGCCUCGGCCGCGACGCCGACGGAAACCUCUGGGGUCCCCUCGACCCCUUUCCUCAGUCUGGCGUCACCGUCUUCGACAACUCCCAGUGUCCUCCUGCCCCUGCUGCUCCCGCCACCCCUGCCACAACUCCUGCUGCCACACCCAGCUCCACGAGCUCUGCCGCAGCCGCUGCGACCAGCAAGCCCCCCGUCGACACUGUCACCAUCGCGACCUCUUCCAACUGGGCCUCCUCCGGAGGUGGCACCCUCACUGUCCAGUGCAUCUCCAGCAACACCAACGACAGUCUCGUCAAUAUGAAGAUGUCCUACGUCAACAAGGACGGCACUACCAUCCUGUCCAUGACCGCCGCCAACACCGGCAAGGGUGUCUGGAACUUCAGCGGCAACAAGAUCAAGCAGCCGACUAGAGUUACCUGCACCAGCAGCUUGGGCGGAUCUGCCUCGAGGACGAACUGGUAA